AUGGAGGUUGGGGAAAUGGACAGAAAGGAGACACAAACAGAGGUUCCAUGGAUCCCCACAACCCCUGCUAAGCCCAUUCUUCCAAAACCAGUGCCGAUCUACUCACCUGGGGAGGGAAACCAGCUUGACCAUUGUGCUAAUGGAACAGUUGCAUGUUUUGAAUUCUCACCUGGGGUCGAGAAAAACAGGACGCCCCAUGAUGGGUCAGCACCUGCGGCUACAGUGGCAAACAUUGCCGGUGACAAUAGCAAAACUUGUGAUAAUGUUUCCAGCUGGAGUAAUCUCAGCUUUUCCGAACUUUUGUUCCUGGCAGAUGCAGCAUCGGCAAAUUCUAAUACAACACUACCAGGCAAUGAUGAUGGAUUAAAGAAUCCAUUUAUUCCUUCAAUCAACCAUGACAACACCCGGGAUCCUCAUGGAUCUUUUGACACAGAAACAUUGGACAUUGCUUGCUGUAGCAAGAGAACUUCCCAGCAUACCCCACUUGCACCAGACAAUGCCAUCAGAGCAGAAAGCAAACAAAUAGCAUCAAUGCAAGUCAAUAUGGAAGAAAACGAUCCAGGAGGGGAAGAAAAAAAUGUCCCUGCCAGAAAUGUUGACAAUAAUGGAACCCUACCCAACAAAGAACUCUGUGACCCUGUCAUAGAAUUUGCUACUGUUUCUUCACCAUUCAAAGAGAAUCACAACCUGGUUAAGGGAAGCAGCCAUGAUAUUGAUCUAAAUAAAAUACAACAAAAACCAAGGAGAAGAAAGCACCGCCCCAAGGUCAUCAUCGAAGGCAAACCCAAAAGAACUCGGAAGCCAGUUACACCAAAGCAUAUUCAAUCAAAAGAAAACCCCACUGGCAAGAGGAAGUAUGUGAGAAGGAAAGGACUGACCAAGACUUCUACUCCUCCAACAGAAGUGACUGGAGAGUUGACUAAAGAAAUGUCCCAACCUGCCAAAGUAUCUUGUAGAAGGUCUUUAAAUUUUGACUUAGGAGCAAGAGAUGAAAGUUUUGCAGGCAGAGAAAACGAAACUGCAAAUCUGGGCAAAGAAAAUGGUGUAGUUGUACAAGAUACCAAUGUAGGCCUUGCCUAUAUAUACACUUCCACGAAGCUGGCAUCAGACGGUUACAUGUCAUUACCAGAAGACCCACAAGCCCCAAAUACAUCUCCUUCAAGAAGUAAACCCCCUGGGGCAAAGCCAAAAGAAAACCCAACUGGCAAGAGGAAGUAUGUGAGAAGGAAACGAUUGAACAACGCUUCUGCUCCUCCAACGGAAACUACGGGAGAAUUGACUAGAGAAAUUAUGCCUGGAUCUGCCAAAGUGUCAUGUAGAAGGUCCUUAAAUUUUGACAAAGAAGCAAGAGGGGAAAGUUCUGCAGUCAAAGAAAAUGCAACUAUGCAUCUGGACAAAGAAAUUGAUGUAGUUGCCCAGGAAAUGAAUGAUCUAAACACUUCCAUUACACAGGCACCAAACAGUUACAUGUCAUUACCAGAAGAUGCACAAGCCCCAAAUAUAUCUCAUUCAAGAAGAAAUCCCCCUGAGGCAAAGCCAAAAGAAAACCCAACUGGCAUGAGGAAGUAUGCUAGAAGGAAAGGAUUGAACAACACUUCUGCUCCUCCAACAGAAGUGACAGAAAUGAUGCCCAUGUUUUCAAAUUUUGACAAAGGAGCAAGAGAUAAAAAUUCUGCCGACAAAGAAAAUGCAACUGUGCAUGUGGGCAAAGAAGUUGGUGUAGUUGCACAGGAAAUGAAUGUAGGCUGUGCCUAUUAUCUAAACACUUACACGAAGCAGGCAUCAAAUAAUUACAUGUCACCACCUAAUGACACACAAGCUCCAAGAACAUCUCCUUUAAAAAGCAAUCCCCCUGGGGAAAAGCCAGAAGAAAUUCCAACGGGCAAGAGGAAGUAUGUCAGAGCAAAAGGAUUGAAUAAUUCUUCUACUACAACAGAAAUGACAAGAGAAUUGACUGAAGCAAUAACGCCUGAAUCUAACAAAAUGUCAUGGAGAAGGUCCUUAAAUUCUGACGUAGGAAAAAGAGAUGAAAGUUCUGCAGGCAGAGAAAAUUUAAAUGUGUAUAUUGGCAAGGAAAAUACUGUGGUGAUAGAGGACACACAUGUAGACCUUGGCUCUGAUCAGAACACUAGGAUGAAGCUGGCAUUAAAUAAAUACAUGUCAGUUCCUGAAGACAUACAAGCUUCAGGUACAUCUUCAAAAAGAGAUCUCCCUGGGGCAAAGUCAAAAGAAAACCCAACUGGCAAGAGGAAAUAUGUAAGAAGGAAAGGAUUGACCAAGACUUCUACUCCAACAGAAACGUCACGAGAAUUGACUGAACCAAUAAUGUGUGAAUCUACCAAAAUAUCAUGUAAGUCCUUAAAUUUUGACAAAGAAGCAAGAGAUGAAAGAAAUGAAGGCGGAGAAAGCCUUUCCCAUGAUCAAAACAGUUUGGUGAAGCAGGCAUUAUAUAAUUACAUGUCAUCUGAAGACAAACAAGCCCCAAGUACAUCUCUUUUGAAAAGCAAUCCCCCUGGGGCAAAGCUGAAUGCCAACUCUGUAGAGAACAAAAACAAAAGAAAGGGCCAGGAAACUGCUCAGGAUGGAAACAUCAGUAGCAGUCAAAUUUCAACAAUAAGGUCACAAACGGUUGGUUCCAAGAGAAAACGUUCUAGUACCACUAAACGUGCAGAUAAAAGCAGCUUGAAUCUGAAUGGGGCACAGUAUAAUGGGUUGCCCUCAUACCAGACAAAGUUUUCGGUUCAGUUUCCGAACAUUCAGAAGAAGAGGAGAACUGAAAAGGGGAAAACUUCUGACACUUACAUUACAUCUUCCGUGACUACCACAAAAGAAGUGCAACUAACAUGCCCUCAAGAAGAUGCACCAGCACGUCCUUAUGCAUCAAGCUCUAGCUGCUGGAUUUAUAGUUCUGGAUGUAGUGCAGCUAGAGUUCCAGCCAUAAGUGAAUCAGCGGCAAGUGUUAUUCAUAAUACUCAAAUAUCUGAUGAGUUCAUCUUUGUUAGAAGGCUGAGGGAAUGUUCUAUAUCUUCUACUCAAAUUUGUGGUUGUGGUUCUCUAACCAGAAUUAGAAACUGUGAUACUGAAUCAAAUUAUACUGCAAAACAACUAGGCAUCUCUGACAGACUAACAUUUGGGGAUGCAGAAAGGCCACAAAAAUGCAUGGAUGCUUUAGUUGCAGACAUGCAUGCAUCAUUCACAAAAAAACAGCGAAGUAGAAAGAAAAGUGCUCUUUCCAAUUCAGCAUCUUCUAGCACCAAUGAGAUGCAACAGCACCAUAAUUUUGUGUUGGAAAAUUACCACCUGCCGCUGGUGAAGUCAUUAGAUAUGGCUUCUGGAGUAAUAUGGAAAACCAUGGAGGAUGUCGAUGCAUUAGCAGAGCGAAUCAGACAACUAAACAUCAACAGAGAAACCAGAGGCCUUGUCUUACACCAGCAGAAUGCUCUUGUCCCUUAUAAACAGGAAAAUCAAAAUCAAAGCAGCCUUGUCCGUGGAGAUGGCAUCAUCAUUCCCUUUCAGGGAUCAUUUGAUCCCAUCAAAAAACAGCAACCACGACCUAAAGUUGACCUUGAUGAGGAGACUGAUAGAGUGUGGAAGCUUUUGAUGUUAGAUAUAAACAGUCAUGGGAUUGAUGGAACAGAUGAAGACAAGGCCAAAUGGUGGGAAAAAGAAAGGAAUGUGUUCCGUGGAAGAGCAGACUCAUUUAUUGCACGGAUGCAUCUUGUACAAGGAGACAGACAAUUUUCUCAAUGGAAAGGGUCAGUCGUGGAUUCAGUGGUUGGAGUUUUCCUCACUCAAAAUGUCUCAGAUCAUCUUUCCAGUUCUGCAUUCAUGUCCGUUGCUGCUCGAUAUCCGCAAAAGUCAAGCAGCAUGUGCAAAGAAUACCAUGGGGAAGGCACAAACCUGGUAGUUGACAAACCACAAGUGCACAUAGUAGAACCAGAAGAGAACACAGAAUGGGAUGUAAAAGUAUUGAAUCAGCCUGUUUAUGACCAGAGUUCUAUGACAGUAGACACCAUUGAUCAUUCUGAAGAAAAAGAAGCUGUCAACAGCAAUGAUUCCUGCAGAACUGCCAGCAGUUUAGUUAGCUUAAUGGAUGAAUCAAACUGCAGACCGUCAGAAUCAGCUCAAAUAAAUACCAAGGAACACCAUAGUCCUACGAGGAGUGGACUAAUUACCACUAUGACUGAGGAAGGGGAAGAAAAAUCAAGUUUCGAGGAUGUUACAAAAGAGUUGAAUGAAAUAGUUUCAUCCCAAUGCUCUGUCAUUUCAUCUCAAAUUUCUGGAGAUAUUUCAAAUUACCAAAAUCCUGAGAAGAUAGGAUCCUGCUCAGAUAGCAACUCAGAAGUAGAAGAUCUGUCAAGCACAGCAAAGUUCAACAGAUUUUAUAAAAGCUCUUCUGUCAGUAAGCUUCUCGAAAUGGGAAGUCCAGCCAAGUUACACGAAAUUAACAGUCAAAGAAGCAAAUCAAGUGGGAACUUAAGAGAAUCAUACGAUCAAUCUGCAGGCAUGAAGCAUGACAGCCCAACAGAAAGCUUGAAAAAAUCAAUUGUUACUCAAGGCUCUUUAGAAGCAUCCAGCAUCCCAUCUCAUGAAUAUACUUUGAAACCAACCCCUCACUCAGGAGUACUUGAAGUUAACUGCUUUGAUCCUCUCAAAACACAGGCUUCAUCAAGUGGUUUCUUAAAGAAAAAAGAUGAAAAUGAGAUGAACAGACCUAGUUUUCAAACCAGAGAGUCUGCAGGCCAAGUUGCAACUACCCAUUACCAAAGUAUUGUAUCUCAGGUCCAUCCUCUGGAACAAAGCAAUCACAUGCAGCAUAGCUUUUUCAACAUUUCUGGACAAACUCAAGAUCUUCUGCGGAAAGAAGGUGGGUCAGAGCUUGGUGACCACAAAGAUGCUGUGGGGAAUGAAACAAAUGAGAAAAGUUCUUCCCCAGUAAAAUUAAAGAACAGGGGACAAGGAAACGAUAAAAAGGAUGAUUUUAAGGUUAACUGGGAUAAUUUAAGAAUAAAAGCAGAAGCUAAGGCUGGGAAAAGAGAAAAGACAGGAAACACCAUGGAUUCUUUGGACUGGGAAGCUGUGAGAUGUGCAGAUGUCAGUGAAAUUGCCAAUGUCAUCAAAGAACGGGGCAUGAACAACAGGCUUGCAGAACGUAUUAAGAAUUUCUUGAAUCGACUGGUUGAAGAACACGGAGGCAUUGAUCUUGAGUGGCUGAGAGAUGUUCCACCUGACCAAGCAAAAGAAUACUUGCUCAGCAUAAGAGGAUUGGGAUUGAAAAGUGUGGAGUGUGUGCGGCUUUUAACACUGCACCAUCUUGCCUUUCCGGUGGACACAAAUGUUGGACGUAUAGCAGUACGACUGGGAUGGGUACCUCUGCGGCCACUGCCUGAGUCACUACAGUUGCAUCUCCUAGAAUUGUACCCAGUGUUGGAGUCUAUACAAAAGUAUCUCUGGCCUCGACUGUGCAAGCUAGAUCAAAGAACAUUAUAUGAGCUACAUUACCAGAUGAUUACAUUUGGAAAGGUCUUCUGUACAAAAAGCAAACCAAAUUGUAAUGCAUGCCCAAUGAGAGGAGAAUGUAGACACUUUGCUAGUGCAUUUGCAAGUGCAAGGCUUGCCCUGCCUGGACCAGAGCAGAGGAGUAUAGUUAGCACAGCUGGAAAUAAUGUGACUGAUCAUAACCCAUCUGUGAUCAUCAGUCAUUUGUACUUGCCACUCCCUGAGAACACAAACCAAGUAGAAGAAAUUCAGCAAAAAGAAUUGAGCAAGCAACUGGGAUCAAAAUCAAAAUCUGAAAUUAAUAUCUGCCAACCUAUUAUUGAAGAGCCGACAACCCCAGAGCCAGAAUGCUCACAACUAUCACAAAAGGAUAUCGAGGAUGCCUUCUACGAGGAUUUGUGUGGAAUUCCUACCAUCAAACUCGAUAUAGAAGAGUUCACUUUGAAUUUACAAAAUUAUAUGCAAGAAAACAUGGAACUUCAAGAAGGUGAAAUGUCAAAGGCCUUAGUUGCGUUGAAUCCAGAAGCUGCUUCCAUUCCUAUGCCAAAGUUAAAGAAUGUGAGCCAAUUACGAACAGAGCAUUGCGUUUAUGAACUCCCAGAUACGCAUCCUCUCCUGGAAGGGUGGGACACGCGAGAGCCUGAUGAUCCUGGCAAAUACCUUCUUGCUAUAUGGACUCCAGGUGAGACAGCAGAUUCUAUACAGCCACCUGAAAGCAAAUGCAGCUCUCAAGAAUGUGGCCAACUCUGUAACGAGAAUGAAUGUUUCUCAUGCAACAGUUUCCGGGAAGCAAAUUCACAGAUAGUUAGAGGAACACUCCUGAUACCAUGCCGAACAGCUAUGAGGGGGAGCUUUCCACUAAACGGCACCUAUUUCCAAGUCAAUGAGGUAUUUGCUGACCAUGACUCAAGUCUCAACCCCAUUAGUGUUCCCCGAAGUUGGAUUUGGAACCUCAAUAGGCGAACAGUAUAUUUUGGAACCUCCAUGCCAACAAUAUUUAAAGGUUUAUCAACACAAGAUAUUCAACAAUGCUUUUGGAGAGGGUAUGUCUGUGUGCGGGGGUUUGACAGGGGAUCGCGAGCACCCCGUCCUCUGAUGGCUAGACUACACUUCCCAGUUAGCAAGAUGACCAAAUACAGAGAGAAGACAAGAAAAGAGGCGACUUCAGCAAAAUCAAAAAGAAAGAAACUAAAUCCAAAUCCAGAACACCCCGAAUUGAUUUCAAACAGUCACAACCUUCAGGAGAGUGGAAGAGCCUGAAGACAAGUCGGUA